AUGGAGCACCCCGUGGCCGGAGGGGCGCUGGCAGGGGGCGGCACCAGGCUGUCUGCCUCGGAGCGGAACAUCCGACGCCAGAGGCUCAUCGUGUACAGACCCUCCACUGAAAAGCAGAGCUCCCCCGCCCCCCGGGGGCCCGAGGAGAAGCCUCCCCCGCUGUGCUGGCUGCCCCGGGGCAGGGCCGGGUCUCCUCAGGCAAGGCGCCAGUCGGAGAGGCUGCAGGGCAGACGGCAGCGGCUGCAGCAGGGGGUGCCUCAGUGGGGCCAGGGGGCGGAGCUGUGGCUGGUGGCCUCGCCCAUGGAGAGAGCCCGGCACAGGGUACUGGCCAUUGCCCUGGAGGAGUGUCUUGCCACCACACAAGGGGCUGUCUCCCAAAGGGGCACCUCCCCCUCAGCUCAUCCAGCCACCCCGUCCCUCCCAGGACACCCCCUCCAUGGGAAGGCCUUGCCCCCUCUUGGGAGCCCGCCGCCUGGUUCGGAUCGGACCCCUAGGCAUCAGGAGCCCGCCAUGGACAGACCCUCCCCCGAGGAGCACCGGUCUCCCAUCUGCCAGAGGCCUGAGAAUAAGGCCCCCACAUUGUGCUGGCCGCCCCAGGGCACAGCCGGGUCCGAGUCAGAGCGGCUGCAGGGCAAGCGAUGGCUGCUGCGGCAGGGGGCGCCGCAGCAGAGCCGGGGGCUGGGGGCAUCUCCCUCCAUCUCCCAGCAGGGGAAGGAGCUGGUGACGUCGCCCAUGGAGAGGGCCCAGCAGCGCGUCCUGACUGUGGCACUGGAGGAGUGCCCCAUGGCAGCAGAUGCCAGCCUUCAGCAGGAAGAUCUGCUGAUGCCGUCGCCUCCUAGCACGGUUGAUCAGCUGACAGCAUCUCCCUCUUCCUCGGACCAGUGGGAGCGCUGCCCACAGCCAGCAGAUCCUGUCCCAGAAGAAGCCGAGCCACCUGGCAGCCUCCUGCCUUCCUCCUCCUCCGCCUGGCCUCCCCCGAUCUGUUCGCUGCUGCGCCCCCGGGCCACGGUCCCCCCCUUGCGGCACUGGGGCAUCGCCCCGCUCUUCCAGAGUGUCAAAUCCAAGCUGGAGACCUUCGCUGACAUCUUCCUGAGCCCGGUCAAGCCGCGCCUGCGCCCCCCGCCGUCUCCUCAUCCGGACGAGGGAGAGGGUGGGGGGCAGCUGGCGGAGCCCCCCCGCCCUGAGGAGGAGCCAGCGCAGAGCCGGAGCGGGCCAAGCCAGCAGGGGGCGCACAGCUCGCGCCAGGGGGUGAACAUCGAGGUGAAAAUUGCCAUCUUGCAGCCAGCGGAGAGGAGGGGCCCUGGCGAGGCCAAAGAUGAUGGGGAUGGGGACAGCAUUGUGAGCCGCCGACCCCCCAUCUGCCAGUGGCGCCUGAGCCCUGAGGACCCCAGCCAGCCCCGCCUGGGCCGCAGCUACUCCUGCCCGGACUUCCCCUGGGCCAUGCCGUCCCCAUUGCCAGCGUCUGCCCCCUGCCCACCUCGCCGGCGCCGUCACACGGUCUGCAGCCUGGAGGUGUCGCGGGAGUUGCUGCGGGGCCACCCCUCGCCCCCCAUCCUGCCCUGCCUGCGCAAGGAGGUCUUCCCCUUCCCGUCCCCGGCCUCCCGCCGCCUGCUCAGCCCAGUGGUGUGCAUGACCCGCUGCGAUGAGGCCCGUUCCUCCUGCCCAGGGCCACCCCACCACGAGGAGCCUGCCACUGCCCUGCUUUGCCCCAGGGACGGCUCCCAGCGCCCGGAGCAGGGGGACAGGGGCCGUGGCGUCACCACAGGUGGGAUUCUCCUGUCACACACAGAUGCCAAGUGCUCCCAGGAAGAGACCACAGGGAAAGUGUCCCGCUUCCGCAUCCGCAAGACCCCAGCCAAACAGCAAGCCAACCUCACGCCAAUGGGCCUGCCCAGGCCGGUCAGGUUGGACAAGAAGGAGUUCAGUUUGGAGGAGAUCUACACGAAUAAGAACUAUCGCACUCCCACCGAGAAGCGGACCUUCGAGACGAUCUUCGAGGAGCCUCGGGAGCGGAACGGGGCACUGGUGCUUACCAGCCAGCGCAAGCUGAAGCGCACCAUGGAAUUCCAGGACAGCAGCCUGCCCCGCAAGCAGCGCCGUGCCCGGCCCCGGGGGAGGCUGGCGGGGCGAGCGCCAGGUGGGCGCCGGGCCCCACCCCAGCACCCCGACCUGGAGGAACUGCUGCGCCAGCGCCUGGCCGAGCUGGACGCCCUGUUUGAAGCUGAUGGGGACUAG